CAUGUCGUGUGCAGAAGUUGCGAUAUAUGCAAGUCGGAGCCUGGAUCUGCUGGUGAUACCGUCACAGACGUUCUUCAGUUUAGUCAAGUAUUAUCCGAAGAUAGAGACACCGCUCAAGAAAGCGUUCGAGUUCUCACGGAAUUAUAUUUUGCCGAUUACUAUGGAUGUCGGUGAUGACGAAUCAUCUGGUGGAACAGACGAUGAUAUUCUAUCGGAAGAUUCAGAAUUCGAUUCCCGGAGUGGCUCUAGUAGACUUUAUCUGCCGCCAUCAGGUCAUAAUUCUGUUCGUGGUUCACAAUCAACGGGUGAUGUAAGCCAAGCAAAGUCGGGAACCAGCGUAGGAACAUAUCAGAGCUAUAUGGAUGUAAAUAAUUUAUUGAAACCUGGAUCGAGACUCUUUCAGAGUUUUGGAUACUUAACCAGUAUUAUGGCGACUUUGAGUUACAUACUCACACUCUACGAAGUGAUAACAUUGAACGACUGUAAUAUAAUCGUUUGGCUACAAUCGUUCUUCGACAUAUUUUUCUACAUAAAAAUCUACUUGUCUAUGCAUCAGGGCUUCGUAAGCAGAAAUGGAGAGCUUGUAAUGAAUGCAGUGAGAUGUCGAAAGCGUUAUUACAAACAUAAAUUGUGGGUUUGGACCGAUCUGUUCGCUAACUUGCCGCUUGAAUUGUUUGGCUUCUGUUUCACAAAUCCAUUGGUUGCCAUGCACUACUUCCGCAUCAACAAGCUGCUCCGUCUCAAAUAUCUGAUCGAGUUUUACAGGAAGACAUCUGCUGAACUCACCAAUAAUCUCACUACGCUGCAGGCGGCUAUGACAGUAUUGGUCGUCGCGCUUUUGACUCACACAUUCACAUGUGUAUGGCUGAUGUCUUUAAUGGCUACCUCACCCAUAAGUAUUAUAAGGACUAUUAAAACACAUCUCCUGGUUGAAGAUUCGCCACAGAGGCUUUGGGACUACACGUCAUCAUUAUACGUCAUUGUUUCCGAGCUAACAACAACGGGUGGUGAUGAAUUUGUCUUAGAUCAAACUGUUUCCAUGACGAUUCUAAGUAUUUGUCUUGUAUGUGGCAAGUUACUUGCAUCGACGGUCGUAGCAACAUCUAUACAAAUUGCGUAUUCCAUAAAGUAUACUUUGAAUAAUUAUGAAAAAUAUACCAAAGAACUUAUGGAUGUUUUGAAAAAUCAGGGCUUGUCAACGUAUCAAAUGAACAAGUUUUCCUCGUACACCCGACAGCUUUGGGUACAUGAGCGUGGAAGGCAGUUACCAGAACUUAUCAAGCAGUCUCCGUAUGUUUUGAAGUGUGACUUAAUGUCAGCCAUGUUUGGACAGCAUUUAAGAAAUUGCUACAUUUUUGCUGACACAGGGGAACCGUUCCUGCGACAACUUACUGUGCGUCUGGACUAUACUUCUUAUUUUCCGGGCAACUACAUAGUGGUAGCAGGCGACAGUGAAGCUCGAAUGCAAUGGAUUUCCAGUGGCACCGUCGCAGUACUGUCAGUAAGAGCUGAUCUCACUGAAACCACUCAUGAGUUGUUAACUACUGGGGAUGUCUUCGGCAUUCUGCAAGGACUUAGCAAAGGCAUCGAACACUGCUUCUCGUACAGAGCUGAGACGAAGGUUUCAAUAUUAACUCUGUGCUUGGAUUCAUGGAAGGACAUACUACAACAUUUUCCUGAUGCAAGGCGAAUUAUAAUGGAAAAAUCAGAAAUCCUUUUUACACGAUUCUAAGAAUAAAAUUAUUUUACGGCGUAA